AUGCAUCGAUCCAUGGCAGCAGCCGACAUAAAGUGUGAGCAGCCGAAGCCGACGCCGACGCCGACGCCGAGCGCUUCGUCUCUGAGGAUCUUCGGCUACGACGUGGCUGGCAAGGGUAUUGCCGCCGAUCACAUCGUCGCGCAGCCUCCGCCGCAGGACGACAGCCGGCCAGUAGCGGACAGGCGCAGGUUCGAGUGCCAGUACUGCUGCCGCGAGUUCGCUAACUCGCAGGCGCUUGGCGGACACCAGAACGCGCACAAGAAGGAGCGGCAGCAGCUGAAGCGUGAGCGCCAGUUCGCCGCCCGCGUCCUUGACGGCGGCCACGCUGCAGCUGGUGGCUUGGCCGGCAUCUGCGCCGCCGGCUUCACGUCGUCACAGCCGCCGCCCGGGCACGUCAUCGCGGUAAGCCCGGGCGCCAUCGCCAGCUGGGUCUACCUCGCGCACCAGCCAGCAGCAACCAUGGGUCUGCCGUUCCACGCCGCCGGCGUAUGCCAACCUGAGCCGUUGAUGCUGCGCGGCGGUACGGGCAGCAGCAUCGGGCGAUCCUACGAGCUGUGCCCUCCGGCUGAUGACGACACCGAGGAACCAUCGGCGAUGGGUCUGGACCUGCAUCUCAGCCUUGCUCCGGCCAGUUCAUCGUAA